UUUUCUUUUAAUUCCUUAAUCAAGACCAUUUCUUUUAUUUUCCUACCCUGAGAAGAAUUAAUUAGGCUCUUAUCACUUCCAUAAGUAGAAGAGCAGGGGAAACGAAAAUAGUACUAGAAGUUGGUGGCCUUAGUCUCCAUAUUUCAGAGUAACUGUUUCCCACCCUUUUUAUUUUCGUUUGCUUUUUCAUUACUGAUUAGUGAUCAGUGAAGAGCUGGACCCAUGACCCUUUCCAUGUUUUGAGAGUUGUUAAUCUGAACUGAAGAUAGAGAUUGAGGAAAACCAGUAGCUAGUGGUUGUGUGUUAAGAGUGAUGGAUAGCUCCGAAAUCAAGUCACCAGCAGAAGGCUCCCAACAGGGGACACCAGGAAAUUCACUGCGUAGAAAGAAGCUAGCCAUAUACUUCAUUGAGUCUGAGGAUAGAAGGAUGGCCUUUGGUCGUGGGUACACAGCAGGAUCUACACCAGUUGAUAUCCAUGGCAAAUCCAUUGUUGAUCUUUCAAAGACUGGUGGUUGGAUUGCUGCCUUCUUUAUAUUUGGAAAUGAAAUGGCAGAAAGAAUGGCUUAUUUCGGCCUUUCGGUUAACAUGGUGGCCUUUAUGUUUUAUGUGAUGCAUAGACCUUUUACAAGUUCAUCCAACGCAGUCAACAAUUUCUUAGGAAUAUCACAAGCUUCCUCCGUGCUCGGUGGUUUUCUAGCCGAUGCAUAUCUUGGACGCUACUGGACCAUAGCCAUCUUCACUACAAUCUAUCUUGCGGGUUUAACAGGAAUAACACUAUGUGCAACAAUAAGCAAGUUUGUACCGAACCAAGAAGAGUGUGACCAAUUUUCUCUACUAUUGGGAAACUGUGAGGCAGCAAAACCGUGGCAGAUGACAUACCUCUACACGGCUCUAUACAUCACAGCGUUUGGAGCUGCAGGGAUAAGGCCAUGCGUGUCUUCUUUUGGAGCAGACCAGUUUGAUGAGAGAAGCAAAAACUACAAGGCACACCUUGACAGAUUCUUCAACAUCUUCUAUCUGUCAGUGACCAUAGGUGCAAUUGUGGCCUUCACAGUGGUGGUGUACGUGCAGAUGAAAUUUGGAUGGGGAUCUGCAUUUGGGUCACUGGCAAUUGCAAUGGGAAUAUCUAACAUGGUCUUCUUCAUAGGCACUCCAUUGUACAGGCACAGGUUGCCAGGAGGUAGCCCUCUUACUCGUGUUGCUCAAGUCUUGGUUGCUGCAUUUAGAAAGAGAAAUGCCUCUUUUGGUAGCAGUGAGUUCAUAGGCUUGUAUGAGGUUCCUGGCAGACAGUCUGCUAUCAAGGGAAGUAGAAAGAUUUCUCACACUGAUGAUUUCAGGUUUCUUGACAAGGCAGCUCUGCAAUUGAAAGAAGAUGGUGCUAAUCCGAGUCCUUGGAGACUGUGUACUGUGACUCAAGUAGAAGAAGUGAAGAUCCUUAUGAAACUUAUCCCCAUACCAGCUUGCACAAUCAUGCUGAACGUGGUCUUAACAGAGUUUCUCACUCUCUCAGUCCAGCAGGCUUACACUCUCAACACCCACUUGGGUCGCUUGAAACUCCCAGUUACAUGCAUGCCUGUAUUCCCAGGCCUCAGUGUUUUCCUCAUACUUUCUCUCUACUACUCCAUUUUUGUCCCCGUCUUUCGACGCAUCACGGGCCAUCCCCACGGUGCAUCUCAGCUUCAGAGGGUAGGAAUUGGGUUGGCAGUGUCUAUUCUAUCAGUGGCAUGGGCUGCAAUAUUUGAAAGGUACAGAAGAAACUAUGCAAUAAAACAUGGGUAUUUGGCUAGUUUCCUCACAGCAAUGCCCAACCUAAGUGCAUAUUGGUUGUUGAUCCAAUACUGCCUCAUAGGUGUGGCUGAAGUAUUUUGCAUUGUGGGGUUAUUGGAAUUCCUAUAUGAGGAAGCCCCUGAUGCCAUGAAGAGCAUAGGGUCUGCUUAUGCUGCACUAGCUGGUGGCUUGGGUUGUUUUGUGGCCACCAUCAUAAACAACAUCAUCAAAUCUGCCACUGGCAACUUAGACAAAGGCCAACCAUCUUGGCUGUCUCAAAACAUCAACACUGGCAGGUUUGAUUACUUCUACUGGCUUCUCACAGCUUUGAGCAUCAUCAACUUCGCCAUCUUCGUAUAUUCGGCGCAUAGAUACAAGUACAGGGAACACCAAGUUCAUGAGAUGGAGAAACAUGAAAUGACAUAUGUUGGGAGCUCCUAGCUAGCUACAUAGGAACUCAACUCAUACCAACACAAAGUGCUGUCUUUGUUCCAUUGAAUAACUUGUAAUAGUCUUCUUGAAUGGUAAAAAAUUACCGUCAAGAUUUUCAAUAUUAAGUCGUCAUAGGGAUUGAAAACGCAAACUAGCUAGGGAGUAUUCUGCAUAAGACAAUGGAUUUGGUGGUGAUGGACGAUUAAACACUUACAUGUAAGCAAAGAUGAAAACAAGAUAAUUGCAUAAAUGUUUUUCUUUUAUGAAGAUUUAUGCAAGUUAGUUGAAAA